AUGUAUAUCCUGAACAACACAAACCAUCCGGAGCGUCUAUCCUAUCGCGAGCUUCGCGAUGAAGCAACGGUCAACGCAAAUGCUUUAAAACAUCACGGUGUUUGUGCUGGCCAGAUAACACUGGUCCAUUUCCAAUCCCACCGCGAGAACAUGAUCUGGUUCUGGGCCAGUAUCCUGGCCAGCUGCGUACCGGCCCUGUCUACUCCCUUGGUCAACAAUCAUGAGGGUCGUUUAUCACACUUUUCCCAUCUCCACAAGAUGCUACUGGAUCCGCUAGUAAUCACGUCCAAGGAGCUUUUACGCACCGAUUUUGCGCAAAACACCGUUCUACGCUGCGUAGCUGCUGAAACGCUAGAAACCCCCACGCCACCAAAGCCGUCUAUCGAGCAAUUGACACAGGAGUCAACAUCACUCCACGACGUCGCUGCACUGAUGCUGACAUCAGGCAGCACAGGUUCCGCGAAGGCGGUCUGCCUGAAACAUGAACAGAUCUUGGCUGCAUGUCGCGGCAAGUUGUCUCACAUGCCUCUGGCACCAAAAGAUACUGUCUUGAACUGGAUAGGCCUUGACCAUGUCGGCAGUCUGACAGAGCUACAUCUUACUGCCAUGGUUGCGGGCUGUGACCAGAUACAAGUGGCAACAGCGGAUAUAAUUACGGACCCACUUCUGUUCUUGCGCCUCCUAUCAAAACAUAAAGUCGCAAGGACAUUCGCUCCGAACUUCAUGCUUGCCAAACUCCAACAGACUUUGGAUUCUGCCGCGGCUUCCGAUACCUCUGGCAUUGAUCUAAGUCACUUGAGAUACCUCAUCUCUGGUGGGGAGCCAAACGGUGUAGAGACCUGUGUUCAGAUAUCCACCCACCUGCAGAAGCUUGGAGCACCCACUCCUAACAUCAUAACACCUGGCUUUGGUAUGACAGAAACGUGCGCUGGAUCUAUCUAUAGCAGAGACUGCCCCAAUGUAGACGUGGCCUCAAGGACCGAAUUCACUGCCCUUGGAACCUGCAUUCCCGGCAUCGACAUGCGAGUCAGCGAAGGAGGCCUCGAGGUCCGAGGACCCAUAGUGUUCCAACGAUACUUCAACAACCCCGAGGCGACCAAAGCUGCAUUCACAGAUGACGGCUGGUUUCGCACCGGCGACACUGCCACGAUCGACGCAUCUAGUGUGUUGCGGCUUGUGGGGCGGUCGAAAGACCUCCUUAUCGUCAAUGGUGUCAAGUAUCUCCCACACGAGCUUGAAAUGGCCAUUGAACAAGCUGAGAUUGCAGGUGUUGCUCUCUCCUGUGUCGUGUGCUUUGCGUACCGUCCUGCUGAUGCUACCACGGAACACAUACAGAUUGUGUAUGAGCGUGCGUAUGAUACGCAAGACAUCGAGGCUCGUAUGCGUGCACUUCAGGGCAUCAUCCGCACUGUUGCUUCUUUUACGGGUGCUCAACCGCGUGUGUUACCACUUUCACCGGGUAUUCUCGAGCGUUCGACUCUAGGCAAGUUGUCGCGCGCAAAGGUCCGCGCUUCGUUACUCAAAGGUGAUUAUCGAGGCGAGAUCGACAUUAACACUGAAGCCCUCCAGAUGUAUCGCGAACAACAUGCACGUCAGCCUGAUAGUAUCACGGAGAAAAGACUGAUCAAGGUUUUUCGUGACCUUGAGCUCGGCUCGUUGGAUAUGGGCAUCGAUACACCUAUCCUUGACACAGGCGUUACCUCAGUUGACCUCAUUCGCCUAAAGAGAGUGGCCCAAGAUACAUUUGACAUCAAGGAUAUCCCGCUCAUCACCAUUAUGACUUACACGACUAUCCGUACCCUAGCGACUGCUAUCGAGGUCCUACAAGGGUCGCAGGCACAACGCACCACCUCAUAUGACCCUAUUAUAACGCUUCAGCCAAAUGGCGAUAAGACUCCGCUAUUUUUGGUACACCCAGGGAUAGGCGAAAUGUUAGUCUUCCUCGGGUUGGUCCAGUAUUUCCCGGACCGACCCAUCCACGCCAUGCGCGCGCGUGGACUCAAUGAAGGUGAACAACCAUUCACCAGUCAGGACGAAAUAGUCACAGAGUAUCACCGCGCUCUGAAAGCCAAACAAAGCCAGGGUCCCUAUGCUCUCGCGGGCUAUUCAUACGGCAGUAUGCUCGCCUUUGAGAUCGCUAAGCUAUUGGAGAAGAACGGCGACAUCGUGCAGUUCCUCGGCUCCUUUAACUUGCCGCCACACAUCAAGACACGCAUGCGCACGCUCGACUGGACAGCAGGCAUGGUCCAUAUCGCACAUUUCUGCAGCAUCAUCACCGAGCAACGUUCCGAGGAAUUAAUGCUCGAACUACGUCCAUUGCCGCACGAGCAGCAGGUGGCCCUGCUCCUCGCUGAAAGCAAUCCCAAGAGAUGCGCAGAGCUGGCGCUGACACAGGCUGGGCUGCACAACUGGACGGAUGUAUCGUGGUCACUGCAGAGGAUCGGCUGGGACUACGAGCCGUCCAGUGACGUCUCACACAUGGAUAUCUUCUAUUGCCAGCCGCUCAAGACUGUGGCGAAGAAUCGCGUCGAGUACCGCAAGAAUCAUUUGAACCGCUGGGUUAACUUUAUCCGGAACGAUCUCAAGUUCUGGGAGGUGGAUGGGGAGCACUACACUAUGAUUGGCCCGGAACAUGUUCCCAAGUUUCAGCAGACGUUGAAGAUGGCAUUGGCGGCGAGGGGGUUGUAGGUCAGGGCAAUUCUGCACACUUGCAACACAAGUAGUGCUUUUUGGUGCAACUUAAGUUUCUUUUAAUUUGAAGGCGCUAUGGCGGGUUUAAAUUU